AUGUCGGACGGCGUGGAGCGCAGCGGCGGCGAUAUGGCCGUGACCAAACCCGUCGAGUUCAUCGACUACAACUGCGACAUUAGCGACUCGUUCAACGAGUACCUGAGGGGCGAGAAGUUCGAGAAAUUCGGGUUCCGCUACAAUGUGCUGUCGAUCCUGGGCUGCCAGAGCAGCGGGAAGAGCUCGCUGCUCAACGCGGUCUUCGGGCUCAGCUUCGACGUGAUGGACACCAAGCUGGGCCACAGCCAGACCACCAAGGGCCUCUGGGGCGCGCUGGUGUUGCCCGAGGACGCCGAGCAGCACAACGCGACCCUGGUGAUCGACGUGGAGGGCACCGACUCCAGGGAGCGCGGCGAGGGCCGCCUGACGUUCGAGCACCGUUCCUCGCUGCUGUGCCUGGCCAUUUCCGACUGCGUGGUGAUUAACCUGUGGUACCACUCGCUGGGCAACCUGACCGGCUCCAACUACGGGCUGCUGAAGACUGUGAUGGAGGCCAACCUGGAGCUGAUGGAGGGCACCGACAGUUCGAUGGGCCCAGUGGAGUGCAAGACUAUUCUGUGCUUCUGCAUCCGCGACUGGUUCCCGGAGCUCGCUCCGCUGGAGACCGUGCGCGGCAAGAUCGUCAACGGCUACAUGCAGGGCAUCUGGAGCGAGAUCCACAAGCCCGCCAAGUUCCAGAACGCCGCGAUGGAGGACGUGUUCCGCAUCGAGCUGUUCGGUUUCAACCACGCGCUCGCGCACAAGGAGGAGUUCGCCGCGGACGCCCGCAGGUUCCGGUCCGAGUGGCUGAACAACAUCCGGCCCACGUCGUACUCGCGCGCGGUGCCGUCUGACGGCUUCUUCUACUACGCCAGGAACAUUUUGAACACCGUGAAGGAGCAGAACCACCUGGACAUCCCCACCCAGCGCGAGAUGCUGGCCAACUUCCGGUGCCAGGAGAUCAAGGUGUCCGUGCUCGGCGAGGUGGAGCCCAAGGUGGCGGCGAUGCUCGCGGACGCGCAGUCCGGCAGCGUGGUAAACUUCAGCGAGCGCGCCGCUGAGGUGGCCGACCAUGCCGUUGAGGCGUACCUCGAGUCCGCGUCGCGUUACGACGCGGAGACGAGCCAGAAGAUCGGGAGGGAGCUCGUUCGCGCGCUGCUGCAAAAGAUGCAGCCCAGUUUUGACGCCCUGAUGGCGCAGGAGUGCUCCGAGAUUGCCGUCCGCGCGACCGUCAAGAUGGAGGAGAAGUUUUCGCUGAGCGGCAAGGGCCGGUCGCUGCUGGUGGGCGGUAGCCCCGCGACGGAGGCGUGGCCCAAGUUCACUGAGUCGUGCGAGUCCAUCAGGUCCGAGCUGUGGGAGUCGCUGAACGCGCGGAUGCAGGCCCACUCCGUGAGCUACAGCCACCAGAGCGGCAUCGCCGUCGACCACGCCUUCGACACCACCGCCGCCAGCGACAUGUUCAACGUGACCUUCAGGAACGAGGUCGACGUGGUGAAGAAGCGGCACCUGCACGCGCUGCGCGAGCAGAUCGCCGACCUCAUCGACGCCGGUUUCAAGGUGAUCGAGACCGUGCUGCUGGAGAACGGCGUCACCAGCGACAAGUACUGGGGCGCCGUGAACUCUCACAUCGAGCAGGCGUACCAGUCGUCGCUGGACCUGUACAGGUCGUGCUACGGGGGCAUGAUUUCGCCCGUGCAGUCGCAGGAGUUCGAGUACUUCGCCUUCGUGGCACUGGUGGGCCGCACCAAGGCCAACCUCGACCGCGUCGAGUCGCGCAUCACUGAGAUCAUCGUGGAGCGCUUCGAGCAGUUCUUCAUGUACCAGGAGCGCGACGGCGAGUCGAUCCCGCGCGCGUGGGAGUCGUGCAGCGAGGACGAGCUGCAGCAGACGUACGCCCGCUGCAAGAAGGAGGCGCUGAACGUGGUGGCCGUGAUCCGGGACUGCCGUCCGUCAAAGCUGAAGGUGCCCCGUUUCGACGUGUCUGAGCUGAAGCCCACCCACGUGCUCUACCGCGAGCUGAGCACCGGCGUGUCCGGGCUGGUGGCCGGCGAGUCGUCCCUGAGCGACGACGUGCUGGUGGACACCGUGAAGGCGUGCAAGCUGCGCUUCCACGAGCUGUACCACCGUGCCCACCAGAUCCAGAGCUACGCGCGCGGCGGCAUUUCGUGGCGCACCAUCCCCACGUACUUCUGGGUGCUGCUGCUGGUCUGCGCGUGGAACGAGAUCUGCACGGCGCUGCGUGUCAUCUUCAAGGUGCAGGUGCUCAUCCCGGUGGUGAUUCUGGUGUUUUUGGCCGUGCAGUACGGCUCAACGUAUGUGUUCGGCGACUCGGCGAGGGCGGUGCUGGAGCCCCUGAAGGCGCAGGCGCGCAGCCUGUGCUUCCAAGGGGCCCGCUGGGCCUUCCACGCUGCCUCAACGGCAGUUUCCGUCGCCAGGGACGUGCGCGGUGCCCGGAGCGCGCGUAGCGCGUCUGUACCGGAGGACGACGAUGGCAGCAGCGCCGCGGAGAAGGACAGUCCUCCACCAAGCUGA